AUGUCUGAGCCUUUUCGUUUAAGCAUCAACCAUUUGUCAUUAAUCAGAGAUAUAUUGAAAGAUACAAACUUUGAUGAGACAAAAUGGCAUGAUCUUGGACUAUCACUCAAUAUUUUGCAACCACAGCUCAAUUCAAUAAAAGAUAGUUACCCCAGAGAUCCUCAUCAAUGCCUCCUGGAGUGCUUGAGCUUAUGGUUAGAGUCUCAGAAUACUUUCCCACAGUUAUUGGAAAAUGCUGUAGAAAGCAUUGCAACAGUAGCUGCUGAAAGAAUUCACAAAAUAUUGGUUGUUCCUGCUAGUCAGUUGUUACUGCGUCACAGCAAUACAUUCUCCUGUAUUUUCUUACCUACUGAAUUGCUAGUAUUGUUGCGUUCAGAGGGAGUGAUAUCAAAAAGGACACAAUCUAAAAUAAGACGUGGUGGAAACUUGCUUGUUGCUGCUAUAGGCAGAGAAAUACUUGAAGAUUACAGCAACUGUGAAUCAAUUCAAAAUAAUGAAACAGAUUCAAUAUCUACACAAUCACAAUUACAAGAACAGGAAAUUCGUGUUAGUAGAGCUGCACAUGAAUACAGUUUCGAAGCAAUGAGAGGAAAAUUUUGUGUCUUUUUGGAAAAUAUGAGGUCUAUAUUAUUAUCAAUGGAAACCAUUAGCUUAGAAGAAUUAAAGCAAUUCUUGGAGCGUUAUUACCCAGAGCUAAAAUCUCAACUACAACGCACAAAAUCCGUUGAUAGUGUCCUAAAAAUUGUGGAAAAGAAAUGCAAUAUUGUCAAUGUAGCAGCAAUGGAAACUAUUGCUAAUCGCUAUGAUCUAGAGGAUGGAAUAAAUCUUGUCUCAAUAUACAAAGAAGAAAUCAAGAAGUUUUCCAAUGAAAUGAAGCUUACAUUCACUCUGAAUAGAAAAAUCUCAUUAGCAUCCAGCAGUUCUCUUACUUGUGAAAAGAUUGGGUUUCUUCUUGACUGGGAGCCAUCAGAUCAUUUAUUGGAGGACAUUCGCUUGUUACUGGAAAGAGCAUUUGAUGAUUUAGCAAAUGAAGUAGUCGUUCAAACUAUUCAAAAAGCCAACUCAAUCCUCAUCAUCUGCUAUGCUCCACUGUACCUGAUGAAUGCUUUGUUCCUAGAAGCUCAAGCUAAUCUUCCUAGGUGAGUGGAUAUUGUGUCCAAUCAUCUUUUCACCAAAAAGACAGACAAGGCAUUAAAGAAAAUAGUCAUUUUGCAGUCUUUUCUGUUUUCAUUUAAACUCUU